UAAAUCCAUUCUUUAUCGUCUUUAUUGAAUAAAAGUUCACAUCCUCCGGUAGUUUUUGGAUGAAGAAAUGUAGGAGUGUAGUUGUGAUUGUACAGUUUAUUUAUGGAUUAGUGUUCCUUUAGAAAGUGCAGAAAAUGAAACGCAGGAGAAAGAUACAGCAGCAGCGUUGCAGCUUCAGAGAGCUGAAUAUUUUUAUCACUUAAAAAAAACAGAUGUUUAAACUCUUCUUAUUGUGAUUGUUUAACAACAUGCACCGUUUUAGUGACAUCGGAUCAGGAGGAAACUUUAACAUAUAAAUAAAAAAUAAAUCUAUUGUCAUUGGGGGAAGCUAACUUUUGCAUUUGACUGUAAAGAGUGUGUGUGUGUGUGUGUGUGUGUGUGUGUGUACGUGUACGUACAGAUAAAGAUGAGUCCACAGGACCAUGGCGUAUCGGAGCUUCGACACUUUCAGCACUAAAGAGGCGUAGGGAUCUGGAUUAUCUCCUGACCUUCGACCUCGUCCAAUGAAACAGGAGACACGCGCUGAUCCGUAACAGUCAUAUGAGCGCUCGUGACCUUCUAACAGGAUCGUUAUUAUCUUAAAGUUCUUCCUAAAGCAGGGUUUUCAGGGACGGCCUGGAGUCAGAAAGUUCAGAAAGUUCCUCUCGCUAACAAUAAGGUGUGUGUUCUCUCUCCGCUCCUCACCGUCCUCCUCCAUCCUCGGCCGAUCUGAGCCGUUAUUACAGCCGUGUGCCAGAACAAUCAGCACAUGCUGUGAACAAUCAGCACAUGCUGUGGUAAUGUUAAUGGAAUUGUCUACAAGAUUCAGUUCAGUGUUGUGUGUGCAGCGUGUUUAACGGUGGACGUCGUCCCGGAGCAGCGGUACAGAAAUAUAUACACUCAGGAUAUAGAUGUUAAAGGUAUGAAUUUAUCUCUAACGAGCAGACAGAGGAGACGUGGUGAGGAAAAACUCCCUGAGACGAUAUGAGGAAGAAACCUCGAGAGGAACCGGACUCAGAAGGGAACCGUCCUCAUCUGGGUGACACCAGACAGUGCGAUUAUAAAUAAAUACACCCCUUCUAUUAUGUGCUGAUACUACAUGGUGAAAUAGUGCAGUCGUGUAAGCAGGAAGUUCAUUACAGUUUCUACAGGAAGUCUGUUGUGUUGAACUUCUCCACUGAUCACUGAUGGAGACUCGAGUGUGAAACAGUGUGUGGUAAUUGUAGUUCUAAACUGAACUGAACUGAAAACUGAACUGAGGUCCAAAGCAUCUUUAUGGUUUCAGAGGUAAUCGCCAGGAUCCUCUGGUACAUGUCUGUGUUUUGGUUUCUGUUAUCUGUGUAACUGUUCUGAGUUACAGGAUGUGAUAUUAUAUCUGCUGCUUCAGCUGCAAAAUAAGAACAAAACAUCUUUUAACUAUUAACGAGGUCAGUGAGUCAGAAAAUGGUGCAUGUUGGCAGAUUGUGUACAGACUAUGAACUUCUUCUGUCUGAUUUUCUAGAACCAAAACAUUACACUGUUAUUAUUAAAGACUCGGACAGAGGUUUUAUCUACAGGACGUGACGUCCUUUCUGAAUCCGUUUGUUGAUGCAGAUGGAAAUUUUCCUCCUGUUUUGAUCUCUUCAGCUGAGAAAUAUUUUAUAUUUUGACUAAAUAAUUUUUGCUCUGUGACUUGUGGGGUCUGGGAGCGGUCCACGGUGGUGUCUCGUGCUUUGGUAGGGUGUCGGAGUGGUCCACGGUGGUGUCUUGUGCUUUAGAAAGGUCUGGGAGCGGUCCACGGUGGUGUCUCGUGCUUUGGUAGGGUGUCGGAGUGGUCCACGGUGGUGUCUCGGGCUUUAGAAAGGUCUGGGAGCGGUCCAUGGUGGUGUCUCGGGCUUUGGUAGGGUGUCGGAGUGGUCCACGGUGGUGUCUCGGGCUUUAGAAAGGUCUGGGAGCGGUCCACGGUGGGGUCUCGGGCUUUGGUGGGGUCCGGGAAUGGUUCACAGUGGGGUCUCGGGGUUUAGCAAGGUCCGGGAGCGGUCCACGGUGGUGUCUUGGGCUUUGGUGGGGUCCGGGAGUGGUCCAUGGUGGUGUCUCAGGCUUUAGAAAGGUCCGGGAGCGGUCCACGGUGGGGUCUCGGGCUUUGGUGGGGUCCGGGAGUGGUUCACAGUGGGGUCUCGGGGUUUAGCGAGGUCCGGGAGCGGUCCACAGUGGGGUCUUGGGCUUUGGUGGGGUCCGGGAGUGGUUCACAGUGGGGUCUCGGGGUUUAGCGAGGUCCGGGAGCGGUCCACAGUGGUGUCUUGGGCUUUGGUGGGGUCCGGGAGUGGUUCACAGUGGGGUCUCGGGAUUUAGCGAGGUCCGGGAGCGGUCCACGGUGGGGUCUCGGGUCUCAGUGCCCUCUGUAUGUCUGUGUGGAAUGUGCUCGGUGUUGCUUUAGUGUUUCCGUCGUGUCAAACACAAUCUACUGCAUCGGCUUUAACGCCGAUGUCAAAACACUGGGGUUUAAAUACUGAUCCCUUUUAUCUGCUCCUAUUCAGUCGGGCUGCUCCGCUUUACUGCAGCUUCCUGAGCACGAGGUUUAAACUUUCUCACGGUUUUGGGGAAUUAUGAGCAGAGAAAUAGGCUACAGUUGUGUUUAACCUUUAUAUAAUAAAGAGAAGUUCACUUUUAUUAAUGUAACUGGAGAGUGUUUUAGUCCACGUGACUUCACCUCAUCACACGCCUGCUGUGUACACCUUUUUUUUUUUAAAUUUCUGUUUCCUUAAACAUGGGGUGGAGUUGAUAUUUGUAGAGGUGGAAUUAUGCUAUGAUGGGGUGUGGUUUUGUUCCGAUGGGGCGGGGUUUAGUUCCUGUCAGAUGCACUUAUGAUCACGUGGGGUGGGGUUAAGAUAAAUUCUGAUGGGGCGGUCUUAAGCUCCAGCAGGCGUGGUUAAGCUCUGAUGGGGUGGGGUUAAAUUCUGGUGAAGCGCAGUUAAUUUGGCAUUGGGUGGGGUUAAGCUUGGGUGUGGCUGAUGGGGCCAAUGGGUUAACUUCUGAUGGGUGGGGUUAAACUGUGGGCCCUAAGUUUCGGUAGGGUUAAGUUCCUUUUGGGGCAGAGAUAAUCUCUGCCAAAUCUAUCUUUGCCAAAAUAAUUUUAGAUAUAUAUUUAGAUAUUUUAAUAGAAUUUUAAAGCCAAAACCAAAAAAUAAUACAAUGUAUUAAACCUUUAGGAAAUAGAAAAUUGAACCGAAAUAUUUUCCCGAGAUUAAUGUCUGAAACUUCACCUUUAAUUCUAGUUGAAGUUUAUAACUACAUGUUGAUGUUUCUGAAAUUAAUACCCUUUACAGUUGCACUGCUUUAAAAUGAACGGGCGGGUGUGAUCUGUUAUUGCUGAAGAGUGAUUUUGUUUUUUUAUGAACUGUUUAUCUUUAAGUCUCUGGAGGUUUAAUGAGAGAGCGAGAGAAUUCCCUCACAUGAUAGUGAUUAGGAGCAGACGCAUGAGAGAUUCUGAUCUAUAUGGGAAUGUAUUUCACACACACACACACACACACACACACACACACACACAGAGAGAGAGAGAGAGAGGGAGAGAGAGAGGGAGAGAGGAGUUGUGGAGCUGCAGGAGUGGAUGAGGUGACUCUGGUAAAUCCUGAGGAAAAUUAACAGACUUUCUGGAGAAUUUUCAGGGAAUCCUGCUGCAGUGAAGUGAGAUUUUUAAACACUCAGACAGAGAGAGAGAGAGAGAGAGAGAGAGAGAGAGAGAGAGAGAGAGAGAGAGAGAUCACUCUGAGAAGACCACAACCUGCUGGAGAGAGGAGAAACAGCAUUAAAAGGGGGCGCUGUGAGCCACGUUAAAAGAGUGUCAGUGAAUUCCACUGGGAUUAAAAAACAGAACCACAGAUCCAGGUCGUUGUCUAUAAUGUUUUGAGAUUAAAGUUUAUAAAAUGAGAAAAAGAAAAUAAAGAAGUAAACGUGUGCUGCGAUAGUAAAAAAGAAAGAAAACAGACGAGCUCUGGGUGUGAGAUGCUGAGAUGAGAAAAUAAAUGUAAUGUGCUAUGGUGUGCAUGUGUGUAUGCGUGCUGUAGGUGUGUGAUGGACAGGUCAGCGUUGUGGGUGGAGCCUCUGCACAGGUGCAUGCUGGUCCUGACGAGUGCGCUCCUGCUGUGUGAGGUCAUCGCUGGACGUCUCUGUAACUCCCUCAUUAACAUGGUGGACAGCUUCCACACCCUCUACGUCCUCAUUGGCCUGAUAAUCUCCACACGAGGUGCUGAGGAGAACCCCAGUGUCUCUGCAGAACCCAGAACAACAGAACCACAGGACGCGUCGUGUCCCGACUCCGGCGCUGAGGAGAACCGCACCUCUCCACUCUCCGGUGGAUGUCGGUACUCUCGGUUCCGCGUGCAGCCGGUCGGAGGUCUGAUCUCAGCCCUGCUGCUCUGCUCACUGUGUGUGUCCUUCAGCUUCGAUAUCCUCAGCCACACCCUGCAGCCACACCCCAUACAGCGCCCUCUACUGGCCACGGCUGUAGGUGCAGUCAGUCUGAUGUUUAAUCUUCUGCUGCUGGUGUGCAGGAGACUGAGAAGACCAGAUGCAGGAGUUAAAGAACUCGGAAAAGGCGACACAGAAACUCCUUUAACUCCAGCGGGUUCUCCUCACGAUGGUGUGCUGAUGUUCUGUAACCCCGGAGUGUCCAGCGUUCUCCAUCCAGACUCUCAGGAUCACACCAUCCAUCCCCAGCCCAACUCCAUUUCCCAUGAUUCCACUCGCACAGAAACAGUCGGAGAGUCUCAGAGCAGCAGCAGCAGCUCAGGCCAUGCAGGUCAGCGGUGUGACGUGAGCAAGUGUAUCAGAACCAUCACCGCAGUGUUCCACAGCCUCCUGGGUUCUUCUCUGGUUCUGCUGAACGGACUCCUUCACCUUCUCUGUGUGAGGUUUCAGUGGAGCUGUGACGUGAUCGUGUACCUGGACCCGGGGUUCUCCAUGCUCACCGUGCUGGUUCUGAUAGCAGUGGUGGUUCCUGAGCUCUGGCGUCACGUGUUACUCCUGCUCCAGGCGUCUCCAUCAGGCCUGUGCAUGGAGGAGCUGACGGUGGAGAUCGGGCGUGUCCCCGGCGUGUUAGCCGUGCACGAGCUCCACGUGUGGCAGCUCUCUGACACGUGCGUCGUGGCCUCGGUGCACGUUCACUGGCCGUCGGGUCUGAGCGCGCUCGAGUGUUCUGAACUCCUGAUUAACAUCACGGAGGUGCUAAGGAGGUUCGGGGUGAAGCGCUGGACCGUACAGCCCGAGUUCCUGACCUUUCACCCCGAGGACGCCGCGUUACGGCCAGACUGCACUCUGCGCUGUGGGAGAGCGUGUGUGAGGAACAUGUGCUGUUUACCUCCAGAGGAACGUUUCAGCUCCACGUCUGUCCACGUGCACGACAAGAAGCAGGACGUCAUCAUUCAGAACACACACUUAUAACACUGAUCAGAAAUAUUCAGUAUUAUAGCAGCUACGGCUUUCUCUUACCGCUUCUGUCUGAACACAUUCUCUAAAGUAUUAAAAGGUUCAUAUCCAAAUAUAAACAUUUUAUUUUUCUCUAACGGUCUCUCAUCAGGGCCGAAAACAAUCACACAUGGAAGUUAUUUACACAAAUGUUAUUCAUUUGAAUAUUAAAUAUAAACAAUAAAUAUGGGACCCACGUUAGGAAUUUACAUUUACAGCUGUAAACUCAUCCAUGUACAGUUGUAUUAAAGGUUUUCAUUUGGAUUUAACUUUAGACGAUUUCGAAUUUGUAUUGAAAUAUUAAACUCAUUUCUAAUUCACAUUUUAAUAAAGAUAGAAUUUCAUUUAAAACAUUUCAGUGUAAUGUUUUGCUGCUCAACGUAAAGACUGAAACAGUUCAUAUUUCUGUAAACUAUCUAUUUAUACGUAAAUAAAUAUGAAAUAUAAAAGCAAAUUCCUACACAAAUUGAAUCCUAUAUUUAACAUUUACAUUUGUUACUUACAUUUAUAUUAAUCAAAAGCUCACUGUUAAACGCUGGACAGGUUUUACAGGUCUUUGUGAAUGAAGUCUGAUUCAUCUGCACUUUAUAAAUAUUAUAAACAAAAGUGUAAACGUGUCGUUUGCUUUAUAUUCUGAUCAUACUAAAGCAGCACUGUUAAAAGUCUGUAUGAUGUGGAUAUGUUUUCACACUCAGAGCUGAUUAAGCAUUACAUUUAGAUAAAUAAAUGUUUUUU